UGAUGGAGGUCCCCCCGGACCCCAUGUGCCACUGGGUCAGUGCACAUGUCACAGGCACCACUGCAGCAGAACACUGUAACACUACUGGAAAAACAGCACAGCCCUCAUUAACCCCCUCUUUGUCCUCCUCCUGCUGCAGCCACUUUCCCCAAAACCUGUGUUUCUCAUCUAAUCCCUAAGAAAAUUCUCCCGAAGCCCACCCCAAGCAGGUAUUUUAAUUGGUGGUGCAGUGCCCAGGGCUUGUAGGUUCACUGCCUUCCAGGCAGCAGAGAGAAAAACAACUUUAAAAGAAACUUCACUUUGUGUUUCACUGCUGUGGCACUAGCCUGACCACAGCUGCCUUUAACAUCCAUUAACUCCACAGGAAAAGACCCUCCAGGCAGCUUUUUAAUGCAAGGAACCCGAGAGGGCACUAUCCCAAAGGCACUUGUGGGGAGGACUUUGGCCCCAGUGGCCAGCCCCUCCUGGAGAUCUGGUUUCUGGUGCAGUAAAGCUUCCCGAGCACCCCAGCCUGCCCUGCUCCGGGAAGAGGAGCCCCACGCAAGGUGCAAUGAACCAGCACCAGUGGGCUUUCUGCUGGGGCCCGGCUGCAGCUGGUAAUGCAGGAAGGAGAGGAAAAUGCAGCUGAAAUUCCCGGAAAACCAGGGGAAAUGUGGCUGAAAUUCUCUCAAAACCAGGGAAAAUGUGGCUGAAAUUCUCUCAAAACCAGGGAAAAUGUGGCUGAAAUUCCCUCAAAACCAGGGGAAAUGUGGCUGAAAUUCUCUCAAAACCAGGGAAAAUGUGGCUGAAAUUCUCUCAAAACCAGGGGAAAUGUGGCUGAAAUUCUCUCAAAACCAGGGAAAAUGUGGCUGAAAUUCAAGAAAAACCCAGCUCUGCCCAGACAAAGGGACCAGACAGUCACAUCAUCCCAUCAACAGCAGCUCUUGGCCCAUGGAGAGAGCCCGGAGGAGGAGGAAGAGGAGGAAGAGGAGGAAGAGGAGGAGGAGGAGGAGGAGGAGGAGGAGGAGGAGGAGGAGGAGGAGACCCGGCGGCCCUGAAACGGGGAGGAAGAGCAUGGAACCGGGGCUAACAGAGGCAAAACGCAGGGCUCACCCCAGGAGAUGAUGCAGGCAGUUUUUGUAGCCAUCCUCACCUUUACUCUUGGGACAGCAGGGGCUGCUCCAAAGUACCUCUGCACCUACUAUGACAUUGUUGACUACCUGAACAUCUCCUCUCACGACAAGCUGCACACAUACAUUCUGCCCAAGAUAAACCUGAAGCCUGUGGAAGUGAAGGUGGAUUUCUUUCUGGUGGCAAUUCUCUCUGUGGUGGAAAAGCUCCAGACAGUCAGUUUUUACUUCGUCCUGAACCUGGAAUGGCAGAACCCUUUUGCAACCUGGGACCCACGGGAUUUCUGUAACAUCUCUGAAAUUGUUCUGCCCAUGGAUACUUAUUGGUCGCCCCCCAUCUUCAUCCUAGAGCGAGUGAACGGGCAGAACCCAGAGCUGAAUUACAUGGUCCUGAUGCACAACGGCAGCUUCAACUCCACCCGGCCCUACCAGGUCACCCUGACGUGCAGCUUGGUCAUCUUCAAGUUCCCCUUUGACACCCAGAUGUGCAACCUGAGCAUAGCUUCAUUCCUCUACCCAGCAGUAACAGACUUUGUCAUGAAGACGAGACGGACACCAGCUGAGAUCAUGAAAGACAGCAAGAGCUUAAUCCUAACUGAUGGAGAAUGGCAGUUCACCAACCUGAGCAUCAUUGAAUUCACGGAAAUGAUGGAUCACAAAGGAUUUUCUGUGGUCACCUAUGUGAUUUCCAUGGAGAGACGACCCACUCUCUACAUUCUGAACUUGAUCCUCCCAACGUGUGCCCUGUACUUGCUGGACAUGGCUGUGUUGUUUGGUCCCAGCUCUCUUGAGGAGAAAAUCAACUUCCAGAUUGCCAUCAUCCUCGGCAGCUCCAUGCUGGCUGUGAUUCUCAACAACAGCCUCCCGACCUCCUCCAACAAACCACCCAUAAUAGUGGUGUUUUUCCUGGGCACCUUCCUGCUCAUGAUCAUGGCUGUGUUAGACACCCUCUUCCUGCUCUACCAGCAGCGCAAAUCCCGGCGCCCGGGCAAGGUCCUCAGGAGCUUCCAGCAAGACCCACAGGAGCUGCCCAAGAGACCCCCAGGCAAGCUGGCCAAGGAGGGGCCCCAGCUGCUGCACCCUCCCAGGAAAGCCCCAGGACAAGGGCAGCCUGCCAAGCACCUCUGGCAGCUGCGGGAGCUGGAGCCAUUUCUUCCAGUUCUGGAGAAGGUGCUUCUCUUCAGCCACCUCUUCCUGUCCCUGUUCUUUUUUACUGUGAUUUCUGUGAAAUGGAGCAGCUGAAGAUCAGCUCUGCCCAGUGCCAGCUCAGUUGUUCUCUACUGUGUUGCUUCUCACCCCCUGCUGUAAUUUGCUCCUGGUCAAUUCAUAGAGCUGCAGUUCAUUUGCCUGAAUAAAAUAAAAUUAAAUUAAAAUCCAAAGCCACAGGACCCAAGAUCUGCAUGUGUAGCACUUUGCACUCUGGUUCAGUGGAACUACAGAUUUCUUGAAGUAUUCUGUGGGCCACUAAGGUAUUUGAAUAAAAUAGUUGUAAAAUCUGGGAAUAAUUCUGACCUGCAACAUGACCAAGAAGAAAGGGAGCUGACUGCCUUCUCUUAGAGGAGUUUCCAUCUUGAGGGAAGGUGUUUAAGAAUUCCACCUCAGAUUAUUAAAUAAAACA